AAGGGAGGAAUCUAGAACUAGUUCACCUGUCAGCCCGCCGCUUAAUAUCCUAAUGACGUUUGACGAGCUGAAACUUUUCUUCGUUUUGUUUUUAGUCCCAUACCUUUUAUCGACUGUUCAACGCGGAACGGCACUAGUAACCCACGCCGUAAAAAAUGAUUAUGGAACCUUUAGCGAAACGGUAUCUAUUUUCAUGGCUGUUUGUGGCUUUAAGUCUUCAGGUGUCGAGUUUACAUUUUGCAGUAGCGACUUACUACACAGCCUACCUGAACGUGUCGUUUAUUGAUCCUGCAAACAACGAAACCAUAUCGCGACAAGGGGAAAGCGGACCAACGCUAUAUGGACAAGAUUCUCCUAAAGUUACGGUGAUGGGGGACGUUUAUUUACCUGAUCCGAUUUACAGUUGCGAAAGUGAUACUUUUUAUGAUGUGCCUAGUGGGUCAAAGGGGUGGAUCGCCAUAAUUCAACGCGGCUACGAAUGUACUUUUUCACAGAAGAUCAAUGUUGCAGCCAGUAAAGGAGCUGUUGCUGCUGUAAUUUUCAAUGGUCUUGGUACAAACAAUACAGUCAUCCAAAUGUCGCACCCAGGAACAGGAGAUAUGGUUGCCAUCAUGAUUAGUCACAGACGGGGCAUGGAAAUUGUUGAGCUGAUCAGGCAAGGGAUUCCAGUCUCGAUGACCAUUGAGGUGGUCAAGCAGCAUGGUGUCUGGAUGAGCCACUACUCGGUCUUCUUUGUCUCCAUCUCCUUCUUCAUGAUAACAGCAGUAACUGUUUGCUACUUCAUCUUCUACUCGGCCCGCCGCCUCAACGUCGUUCGUCUACAAAACCUUCAACAGAAACGGCUGAAGGCAGAGGCCAAGAAAGCCAUUGGUCAGCUGCAAGUCCGGACCGUGAAACGGGGAGAUAAGGAGACUGGGCCUGACGCUGACACCUGUGCAGUAUGCAUUGACGCUUACAAGUCUGGCGACGUGCUGACCAUUCUCACCUGCAGUCAUUUCUUCCACAAGACCUGCAUUGAGCCCUGGCUAAUGGAGCACAGGACCUGCCCCAUGUGUAAAUGUGACAUACUCAAGGCCUUGGGAGUAGAGCAGCCGGAAGAGGACCAGCCCAGUCAUCAGUUGACCAUGCAUCCAGACAUGACGUCCUACCCCAGGGUUCUAGACCCAGAGGACACCCGCAGUGAGACAGCCUCCGCAGGCUAUGCUUCUGUACAAUGCACAGAGGAGCACAGCAGCCCAGCAGAUGAGACCCACGUGUAUGAGAUUUUCUAGCAGCACAUGUGGGGCUUGACUGACUGGUAAUCAUGUUCGUGUUUCAGCAUUGGGGCAACAUCCUGGCCCAGGAUCAAUCCAGGUGGACAUCUUCCAGCCCCAUUAUGACAACCUCGCCUUUGAGGGCAACUCACGAAACCAACGGGAACCCCUGACAUGAAUGGGAUGCUCACUCUAAGCACUAGACCUUGGCUAAUUGGACUUGGGCCACAAUCAAUUACAUUCGAAGAUGUUUCCUGUGGUCAUGAAGCAAGGGGAAACCAGGAAUGUGGGUCUGAUAUUAUUCAUAGGGAAAGAGGGCUUUACCGAUAUAUGUAUAUCAAUUUACAUGAAAUUGAUGAGGCAAUCCUUCGAUGCACUUGUCUGAGUUUGGAAAUGGUACUGUCCAGUUUCAUUCUGAUUUAAUUGUAUUUUUUUAUAAUAUGAUUUGAUUAUGUUUUUUGAGGCUUAAUUACAUCAGUCAAUGUAUCACUUCAUCAGUUAAUGAUUUUAAAUGGUUUCAAUAAUUUAACACCCACAGCUUUUUAACAUACUCAAUAUGCCCACACCAACAACAGAAUAGUGUGGGUGUAUUGAGUGAUGUGUAUUGAAAUGAACUCAUUCUUAGAUCACUCAUUAUAUUAAUAGUCAGAUUUAAUCAACAAAUCUGUAAUUUAAAAAAAAAGAUGAAGUGUCAAAAUCAUUACAUAUCCCAUCGAGCUGCCCGUUGUCACAGUUCCAAGACCAGUCAGAAAUGUCCAGCUAAUCCUACGCCAAAGAGGCCGGUGAAUCUCAAAAUUGAACUUGGAUCUGCGUUAAGUAUCAAAUGUAUUUAUAUAGCCCUUCUUACAUCCGCUGAUAUCUCAAAAGUGCUGUACAGAAACCCAGCCUAUAACCCCAAACAGCAAGCAAUGCAGGUGUAGAAGCACGGUGGCUAGGAAAAACUCCCUAGAAAGGCCGAAACCUAGAGAGGAACCAGGCUAUGUGGGGUGGCCAGUCCUCUUCUGGCUGCGCCGGGUGGAGAUUAUAACAGAACAUGGCCAAGAUGUUCAAAUGUUCAUAAAUGACCAGCAUGGUCAAAUAAUAAUAAUCACAGGCAGAACAGUUGAAACUGGAGCAGCAGCACGGCCAGGUGGACUGGGGACAGCAAGGAGUCAUCAUGCCAGGUAGUCCUGAGGCAUAGUCCUAGGGCUCAGGUCCUCCGAGAGAGAGAAAGAAAGAAAUCAUUAGAGAGAGCAUAAUUAAAUUCACACAGGACACCGGAUAAGACAGGAGAAAUACUCCAGAUAUAACAGACUGACCCUAGCCCCCCGACACAAACUACUGCAGCAUAAAUACUGGAGGCUGAGACAGGAGGGGUCAGGAGACACGGUGGCCCCAUCAGAUGACACCCCCGGACAGGGCCAAACAGGAAGGAUAUAACCCCACCCACUUUGCCAAGGCACAGCCCCCACACCACUAGAGGGAUAUCUUCAACCACCAACUUACCAUCCUGAGACAAGGCCGAGUAUAGCCCACAAAGAUCUCCGCCACGGCACAACCCAAGGGGGGAUGCCAACCCAGACAGGAAGAUCACAUCAGUGACUCAACCCACUCAAGUGACGCACCCCUCCUAGGGAUGGUAUGAAAGAGCCCUAGUAAGCCAGGGACUCGGCCCCUGUAAUAGGGUUAGAGGCAGAGAAUCCCAGUGGAAAGAGGGGAACCGGCCAGGCAGAGACAGCAAGGGCGGUUCGUUGCUCCAGAGCCUUUCUGUUCACCUUCAAACUCCUGGGCCAGGCUACACUCAAUCAUAUGACCCACUGAAGAGAUGAGUCUUCAGUAAAGACUUAAAGGUUGAGACCGAGUUUGCGUCUCUCACAUGGGUAGGCAGACCAUUCCAUAUAAAUGGAGCUCUAUAGGAGAAAGCAAUGCCUCCAACUGUUUGCUUAGAAAUUCUAGGGACAAUUAGGAGGCCUGCGUCUUGUGACCGUACCUGUAGGUAUGUACGGCAGGACCAAAUCGGAGAGAGGGGUAGGAGCAAGCCCAUGUAAUGCUUUGUAGGUUAGCAGUAAAACCUUGAAAUCAGCCCUUGCCUUGACAGGAAGCCAGUGUAGGGAGGCUAGCACUGGAGUAAUAUGAUUUAAAAAAUUGGUUCUAGCCAGGAUUCUAGGAGCCGUAUUUGGCACUAACUGAAUUUUAUUUAGUGCUUUAUCCGGGUGGCCGGAAAGUAGAGCAUUGCAGUAGUCUAACCUAGAAGUGACAAAAGCAUGGAUUAAUUUUUCUGCAUUUUUGGACAGAAAGUUUCUGAUUUUCGCAAUGUUAUGUAGAUGGGGAAAAAGCUGUCCUUGAAAUAAUCUUAAUAUGUUCUUCAAAAGAAAGAUCAGGGUCCAGAGUAACGCAGAGGUCCUUCAUCAGUUUUAUUUGAGACGACUGUUACAACCAUUAAGAUUAAUUGUCAGAUUCAACAGAAGAUCUCUUUGUUUCUUGGGACCUAGAACAAGCAUCUUCUGUUUUGUCCGAGUUUAAAAGUAGAAAGUUUGCAGCCAUCCACUUCCUUAUGUCUGAAACAGAUGCUUCUAGCGAGGGCAAUUUUGGGGCUUCACCAUGUUUCAUUGAAAUGUACAGCUGUGUGUCAUCCGCAUAGCAGUGAAAAUUAACAUUAUGUUUUCAAAUGACAUCCCCAAGAGGUAAAAUAUAUAGUGAAAACAAUGGUGGUCCUAAAACGGAACUUUGAGGAACACCGAAAUUUACAGUUGAUUUGGCAGAGGACAAACCAUUCACAGAGACAAACUGAUGUCUUUCCGACAGAUAAGAUCUAAACCAGGCCAGAACUUGUCCGUGUAGACCAAUUUGGGUUUCCAAUCUCUCCAAAAGAAUGUGGUGAUCGAUGGUAUCAAAAGCAGCACUAAGGACAGAUGCAAAGCCUCGGUCUGAUGCCAUUAAAAGGUCAUUUACCACCUUCACAAGUGCAGUCUCAGUGCUACGAUGGGCUCUAACACCAGCCUGAAGCAUUUCGGAUACAUUGUCUUCAGGAAGGCAGUGAGUUGCUGCGCAACAGCCUUUUCUAAAAUUUCUGAGAGGAAUGGAAGUUUCGAUAUAGGCCGAUCGUUUUUUUUAUAUUUUCUGGGUCAAGGUUUGGCUUUUUCAAGAGAGGCUUUAUUACUGCCACUUUUAGUGAGUUUGGUACACAUCCGGUGGAUAGAGAGCUGUUUAUUAUGUUCAACAUAGGAGGGCCAAGCACAGCGAGCAGCUCUUUCAGUAGUUUAGUUGGAAUAGGGUCCAGUAUGCAGCUUGAAGGUUUAGAGGCCAUUAUUAUUUUCAUCAUUGUGUCAAGAGAUAUAGUACUAAAACACUUGAGUGUCUCUCUUGAUCCUAGGUCCUGGCAGAGUUGUUCAGACUUAAGACAACUGAGCUUUUGAAGGAAUACGCAGAUUUAAAGAGGAGUCCGUAAUUUGCUUUCUAAUAAUCAUGAACUUUUCCUCAAAGAAUUUCAUGAAUUUAUUACUGCUGAAGUGAAAGCCAUCCUCUCUUGGGGAAUGCUACUUUUUAGAUAGCUUUGCGACAGUAUCAAAAAGGAAUUUCGGAUUGUUCUUAUUUUCCUCAAUUAAGUUGGAAAAAUAGUAAGGGCUCUUUGAUACUGCACGGUACUGUCUUUCCAAGCUAGUCGGAAGACUUCCAGUUUGGUGUGGCGCCAUUUCCGUUCCAAUUUUCUGGAAGCUUGCUUCAGAGCUCGGGUAUUUUCUGUGUACCAAGGAGCUAGUUUCUUAUGAGAAAUGUUUUUAGGGGUGCAACUGCGUCUAGGGUAUUGCUCAAGGUUAAAUUGAGUUCCUCAGUUCGGUGGUUAACUGAUUUUUGUCCUCUGGCGUCCUUGGGUAGACAGGGGAGUCUGGAAGGACAUCAACGAAUCUUUGUGUUGUCUGUGAAUUUAUAGCAUGACUUUUGAUGUUCCUUGGUUGGGGUCUGAGCAGAUUAUUUGUUGCAAUUGCAAAUGUAAUAAAAUGGUGGUCCGAUAGUCCAGGAUUAUGAGGAAAAACAUUGAGAUCCACAACAUUUAUUCCAUGGGACAAAACUAGGUCCAGAGUAUGACUGUGACAGUGAGUAGGUCCAGAGACAUGUUGGACAAAACCCAAUGAGUCGAUAAUGGCUCCGAAAGCCUUUUGGAGUGGAUCUGUGGACUUUUCCAUGUGAAUAUUAAAGUCACCAAACAUUAGAAUAUUAUCUGCUAUGACUACAAGGUCCGAUAGGAAUUCAGGGAACUCAGUGAGGAAUGCUGUAUAUGGCCCAUGAGGCCUGUAAACAGUAGCUAUAAAAAGUGAUUGAUUAGGCUGCAUAGAUUUCAUCACUAGAAGCUAAAAAGAUGAAAACGUCUUUUUUUUUUUUGUUGUAAUUUGAAAUUUGCUAUCGUAAAUGUUAGCAACACCUCUGCCUUUGCGGGAUGCACAGGGGAUAUGGUCACUAGUGUAGCCAGGAGGUGAGGCCUCAUUUAACACAGUAAAUUCAUCAGGCUUAAGCCAUGUUUCAGUCAGUCCAAUAACAUCAAGAUUAUGAUCAGUGAUUAGUUCAUUGACUAUCAUUGCCUUUGAAGUAAGGGAUCUAACAUUUAAGUAGCCCUGUUUUAAGAUGUGAGGUAUCAUGAUCUCUUUCAAUAAUGACAGGAAUGGAGGAGGUCUUUAUCCUAGUGAGAUUGCUAAGGCGAACACCACCAUGUUUAGUGGUGGUGGCACAGACACGGUCUCAAUGGGUAUAGCUGAGCUGGCUACACUGACUGUGCUAGUGGCAGACUACUAUGCUGGCAGGCUGGCUAACCGCCUGCUGCCUGGCGUGCACCCUAUUUCAUUGUGGAGCUAGAGGAGUUAGAGCCCUGUCUAUGUUGGUUGAUAAGAUGAGAGCACCCCUCCAGCUAGGAUGGAGUCCGUCACUCCACAGUAGGUCAGGCUUGGUGCUGUUUGUGGGUGAGUCCCAGAAAGAGGGCCAAUUAUCUACAAAUUCUAUCUUUUGGGAGGGGCAGAAAACAGUUUUCAACCAGCGAUUGAGUUGUGAGACUGCUGUAGAGCUCAUCACUCCCCCUAACUGGGAGGGGGCCAGAGACAAUUACUCGAUGCCGACAUCUUUCUAGCUGAUUUACACGCUGAAGCUAUGUUGGACUUGGUGAUCUCUGACUGUUUCAUAACAAGCUCAGGCCUAGUGCGCAUAUGUUAGGAAUGGUAUUUUUAAACUUGGAAAUAGUCCUUCACGGUAUGGCAGUAAGAGCAUCUCUUUGAACCCCCAGGCUUCAUGUAAAUAUUUUCAAAUGUGUUUGAGUGGGUGUGUGCCUCAAAAUGAUUCACCGGUGCAAGAUAUAAUUCCAUGCCAUCCUACUUUGAUAGGGAAAUGCUAUGAUUUCACUGUAUUUAAGUAGAUUGUGCAUGUACUUUACAUUAAUGAAUUCAUUACACUUUCAAUAUGUGUAUCUGUUUUUUUUUUGUUCACUCGUCUUAACCUUUCAGCCUUUCCAGAGUAAAUGUAUAUUAUAGUAUUUUUCUUAUAUAAAGGACAAAAAGGGUAUUCUAUAUUAUAUUUUAUUUUACUUAGUUACAGUGCCUUCAUACCCCUUGACUCAUUCCACAUUUUUUUGUUACAGCCAGAAUUCUAUUAGGUUUUACAUUAGAUUUUUUUUUCUCAUCCAUCUACACACAAUACCCCACGAUGACAAAGUGAAAUCAUGUUUUUAGAAAUGUUUGCACAUUUAUUGAAAAUGAAACAGAAAUAUCUAAAUAGGUAUUCACACCCCUGAGUCAGUACAAUCACCUUUGGCAGUGAUUACAGCUGUGAGUCUUUCUGGAUAAGUCUGUGUUGCACACCUGGAUUGUACAAUAUUUCCACAUUCUUUAAAAUGUUGAGCACUGUCUUUUUUAAUUGUAUGUGUGGGGUACAGGUAGAGAUAAAACAUUUUUUUAUUAAUACCUAAACACUUAUUGCGCAUGGUCCAUGCAACUUAUUAUGUGCCUUAAGCACAUGUUUACUCAUUAACUUCAGCUAACAUUUCAGCUUUUCAUAUUUAGUUGUAUUUUAUUUUUUGUUGUUGAAUUUUUACCCCUUUUUCUCCCCAAUUUUGUGGUAUCCAAUUGUUGUAGUAGCUACUAUCUUGUCUCAUCGCUACAACUCCCGUACGGGCUCGGGAGAGACGAAGGUUGAAAGUCAUGCGUCCGCCGAUACACAACCCAACCAAGCCGCACUGCUUCUUAACACAGCGCGUAUCCAACCCGGAAGCCAGCCGCACCAAUGUGUCGGAGGAAACACUGUGCACCUGUCAACCUUGGCUAGCGCGCACUGCUCCUGGCCCGCCACAGGAGUCGCUGGUGCGCGAUGAGACAAGGAAUCCCUACCGACCAAGCCCUCCCUAACCCGGACGACGCUAGGCCAAUUGUGCGUCGGACCUCCUGGUCUCGGCCGGUUACGACAGAGCCUGGGCGCGAACCCAGGGACUCUGAUGGCACAGCUGGCGCUGCAGUAACCACUGCGCCACCCGGGAGGCAGUAUUUGUAAAAAAGUUUUUUUUAUACAUAUUUCUAAUUUGACAUUAUGGGGUAUUGUGUUGCUGCCAGUGACAUAAUUUUAAUUUAAUUUAGGCUUUAACAACAAAAGUGGAAAGAGUAAAUGGGUGUGAAUACUUUCUGAAGACACUGCAUGUGGGAAAUUUGAUAACUGGUAUAUAUAUUCAUAAAAUACUUUUAGAAUAUUGCAAAUAUAUUUUCAUAUUAAAAUAUUGCUUUGAUCAUUUGUUCAUUUUGUGUGUGUGUAUAUGGAUUAAAAGCAUUUUCUGAUCUUCAA